GCUAAUAACAUUCCUGUAAAAGAAAUUUCUUGUGGUAAUAUACCUUUUCAUAGUCGUUACAUCAAACCUGCUGUAACUAAGUCCGAAGAAUACUUGAACCGAAUAUUACCACAAAAAAAAUUUCGCAGCUCAAAAUGGUUAACAACAUCCGCUAACCACUAUUCUAAUUUAUCUUUACCUUUAUGUUCAAAAUAUUAUACGAAUUAUUUAUUAUCUCCGGUACUAUUCACAAAGGCAAUAAGUUUGAUUCCAAGUGAUACAAUGACAAUAGAGAUAUCGCCUCAGAACAUUCUUCAACACAUUUUAAACAAUUAUUUGUGCUCUACAGUAACAAAUGUAGCGUUAUAUGAAGGGCCCGAAGAUGUUAAUGGUGAGAUAUUUUUAGAAUCAAUCGGAAAACUUUAUAACGCAGGAUUGCAACCACAGAUUGCAAAUCUCUAUCCGACAGUGGAAUUUCCUGUAAGCCGCGGUACCCCAAUGAUUUCUUCUCUCAUAAGAUGGGAUCAUACGGAAGAUUUCUAUGUAUUUAAAUACAAUGAACAAGAUAUAAUAGACAAAAGAGAAAUAGUUGUCAACAUUGAUAUAACUGAUGAGACAUUUGUAUAUUUAACGGGCCAUGUUAUUAACGAAAAAAAUUUAUUUCCGGCUACGGGAUAUCUUUUCCUUCUCUGGAACAUGAUUGCAUCGUUGAGAAAGCACGAUCAUACCAAUGUACCAGUUGUAUUUGAGGACAUUAAUUUCAUUCGUGCUACAGUACUAUCACAACAUAAUGAAGUCGAAUUAACUCUUUCGAUCCAGGAAGGUAGCAACAGGUUCGAAAUAAUUGAAGGAGAUAGUAUUGUUGUUACUGGAAUAGUACGAAUUCCAACCAAUAUUGAAAAUGAAAAGAUAUCUGCCAAUCUGGCUGAAUAUGUCGAUGAUGAAGAAGAAAUGAAUAGAAAAGACAUCUAUAAAGAAUUAAGACUUCGUGGUUAUCAAUACACCGGCGUAUUUCGUGGAUUAAAAAGCGCAUCCGUUACAGGAUCAAACGGUCAUAUCGCCUGGACAUAUAAUUGGAUAACAUUUAUGGAUAGUAUGUUACAAAUGAAGAUUUUAGGAAAAAAUUUGAGAAGCCUUUUGGUUCCAACAAAAAUCCGCAAGCUGACAAUUGAUCCAAAAUAUCACAUGCAGUUAAUGAAACGUUUUCAAGAUUACCCAGUUGAAAAAAGACAAUUCUCUAUUCGUCAUUACAAGUCUCUAGACGUUGUAAUAUCCGGAGGAAUAGAAAUUUGUGGCAUUGUGGCAACACCUAUAUUUCAACGACAAAAAACAGUUAACACCGUUCUUGAAGAAUAUAAAUUUGUUGCUCAUCGUGAUUUAGAAACUAUGUCGUUACAAGAUGCAGUAAGAAUGUCGGUGCAUAUUGCACUCGAAUGUUACAAUAUGAUAAAUGUUAAAAUUAUCGAAUUUGUCGAUGACAGUGAUAAAGUGACACCAGAAGAUUUAAAUUCUCCACUUGUUAGUAAAAUCUUAAAUGAUUUACCGCAGAUUCGACAUCACACUAGACUCGUGACGACUCAAGAGAAAUUCCCAAAUAUCUUUUUACCCGACAACAUUUCUACAACGGAGAUUACUAAGUUGUCGAAAGACGAGAAUUGUUUAAUGAUCUUUGGUUUCGAUAUUUUGACAAAAAAAAGUAAGAAAUUAUAUAAACAGUUGCUAUCUUUGUUAAUGCCGCAAGGUUUUCUACUGACCCUAGAGAAAUCCGGUUCGGUCUACGAUUAUUCAUGUCUGAAAAUAUAUAAUUUGGAUAUUAUACUGGAGAAACAAGUAAAUAAAAAGACGCUUUUAUUAUUAAGAAAAACGCAAAAUAUUGCAAGAAACCAGCGGAUUGUACAUGUGAACAAUUACGAGUUUACGUGGAUAGAUAAACUGAAAUCAAUAAUGAGUGUGCAAAACGAGACUAGUACAGAUACAAGGAUCAUACUCGUCGCAGAAAAAGAUUUCGAAUGCGGGCUGCUCGGUCUUAUUAAUUGUUUGCGAAAAGAACCUGGAGGCGAAAUAAUUAGAAGCGUAUUUAUUCAAGAUAACAAAGCGCCUGGUUUUUCCUUGCAAGAACCAUUGUACAUGAAGCAGUUGCAAUUGGACCUACCCAUCAACGUUAUACGUUCCGGUAACAUUUGGGGAUCAUACAGACAUUUUCCAUUACCAUCGUUGGAACAAAAACUCGUACAAAGUGCUUGUGUUAAACAGCUGGUACAAGGAGAUUUGACUACUCUUUGCUGGAUGCAAUACCAUAUACCUUCUCACAUUAAGCGUGAAGAUCUCGUUAAUGUAAUUUAUGCGCCUCUAAAUUUUAAAGAUAUUAUGUUGGCUACUGGUAAAAUCCAAACUAUGGCAUUAUAUUUUAACAAUUCAUCUGAUUCACUCGGCUUGGAAUAUGUUGGAUUUGAUAUACAUGGACAGAGAUUAAUGGGAAUGUCCUUAUAUGGAGGAAUAACGAACAUAUGCGUGCCCGAUAAAUAUCUUAGUUGGAAAGUACCCGACGAAUGGACAAUGGAAGACGCAGCAACGGUUCCGUGUGUGUACAGCACGUGCUACUAUGCCUUGUAUGUAAAGGGUAAAAUGAAAAAAGAAGAUAAAGUCUUAAUCCAUUCUGGUACUGGAGGCAUUGGCCAAGCUGCGAUCCAUUUUGCGCUUCACGAAGGUUGCGAAGUGUUUACGACAGUUGGAACUGUUGAGAAACGGCAAUUUAUAAGAGAAACGUUUUCCUCUAUUCCCGAAGAUCAUAUCGGAAACUCUCGGGAUACAAGCUUUGAACAAAUGAUUAUGCAGCGUACAGGAGGUCGUGGGGUGGAUAUCGUGUUAAAUUCCUUAGCCGAAGAGAAAUUGCAAGCAUCUGUUCGCUGCUUAGCCAAUGGUGGCCGUUUUCUAGAGAUUGGAAAAUUUGAUAUGGUUUCUAAUAAUCCGUUGGAUACAUCUGCCUUCUCUAAAGGCAUCAGUUUCUAUGCUAUUUUAUUAGACAGAUUCUUUUUUGAACACUCAGAACGAAAAAUAAAAGUGUGGAAAGGAAUCGGAGAAAGUUUAGAAAAAGGCAUUAUUAAACCGCUAAGUAGAACAGUCUUCAAAAGAAAUGAGGUAGAAGCUGCAUUUAGAUAUAUGGCCACUGGAAAACAUAUUGGCAAAAUAAUAAUAAAAGUUCAGGAAGAAAAUGAGCCUUUGGAUGCUCCUCUACUUGUUCACCCGCAAUAUUAUUGUUUGGAACAUAAAUGUUAUGUCAUUUUGGGUGGACUAGGCGGUUUUGGUUUAGAAUUAGCAAACUGGUUGACUCUUCGAGGUGCAAAAAAUCUGGUUUUGACAUCACGAACCGGGAUUAGAACAGGUUAUCAGCAAUCAAGAGUAAAGCUAUGGCAAUCUUACGGCGUAAAUGUACAGAUAGUUACAAUCGAUGAUAAUUUGAAACAUGAAGAUUGUGAAUCUAUAUUAAAAAUUGCUGAGGAAAGAGCACCAGUGGACGCUAUAUUUAAUCUUGCAGUUGUUUUAAAAGAUUGUAUAUUUCAAAAUCAAUCACCGCAUACGUUCGAGGAUUCAUUCAAAUCAAAAGCAUGGAUGACGAAGAAAAUGGAUGAAUUGUCGAGAAUAAUCUGUCCACAACUUCGACAUUUUGUCGUUUUUUCCUCCGUAUCAUGUGGAAGAGGAAACGCAAGUCAGACAAAUUAUGGGAUGGCUAAUUCCGUAAUGGAGAGAAUCUGUGAAAAGAGGAUGGAAGAAGGAUUACAUGGUUUAGCGAUACAGUGGGGUGCUAUUGGUGAUGUCGGACUCGUAGCAGAUAUGCAAGAAGAAAAUAAGGAAUUGGUUAUUGGAGGUACAUUGCAACAACGAAUAUCUUCCUGUUUGGAUACAUUAGAAGUAUUCUUGCUUAAAGACCACCCUGUCGUAAGCAGUAUGGUUGUUGCUGAAAAAGGUGCAAAUAUCAGUGGAUCAAUGAAUAUUUAUGAAACAAUUGUUCAUAUCAUGGGAUUGAAAAAUGUAAACACAAUAGCACAAAACAUAUCUCUGGCCGAGGUGGGUAUGGAUUCAAUGAUGGCAGUAGAAAUUAAGCAGACAUUAGAAAGAGAGUUCGAUGUCUUUUUGACGGCGCAAGAUAUCCGAAAUCUUACUUUCGCUAAACUCAAACAAAUGACAGAUACAGUCGAGCUGAGAACAACGGACGACAUGAAUAAAAUUGAUACAAAUAAUAAGGGAGGUUUGGACAUGCUGAUUCGAAAAAUAACCAACUCAGACUUUGUUCCAAAUAUUCUUGUAGAACUUGCUACAAAAAAGGAGGUUGAUGGGGACAAUGUAUUUCUCAUACCAGGAAUCGAAGGAUCUUUAAGCGUAUAUAAAUCAAUAGCAUCAAGAAUUAAAUCUUCAACAACGUGUUUGCAACAUAAUACACUUAAUAUUCAAAGUUCAGGUCAAAGUUGUUCAGUGAUGAAAUUAGCCGCUUAUUUACUGCCUCACAUAUUAAAGAAAAUGAAAGAUCAGAAGGAAUUUUUAAUAGUGGGUUAUUCAUUUGGAUCCUUAAUUGCCAUCGAAUUAGCAAGAUUAUUGGAAGCUAAUGAUUUCUCAGGACGGUUAAUACUGAUAGAUGGAGCCCCUGAUCAAAUGAAAUUUUGGCUUAAUCAAUAUUAUUCCUGCAUUUCGCAACAUGAAUUACAAAAUAUGAUAUUACUUUCUGUGUUGGAAAUGUACACUGCAGUUAACCAGAAAAUGCUUGUUUUAGAGCUGGAUAAAUGUAACACAUGGGAAGAGAAAUUAGAAAUAUUCCACGCUUACUUUCCGAAAGAAUCAAAU